AUGGCCACGCAGAGCACCUUCCAGAACAUCCGGGUUUAUUGGCUCGCGUUUAUCGUCUACUGGGGCAUCGUACUUUUCGGUUACGACACCGGUAUCGGUGGUGGAGUCGUCUCGCAAAACUACUUCAAAGAGCACUUCGGGCUUCUCAACCCCGACGGAUCCCCAAACCCGCACAAGUCGGACCAGGUCUCCUCGAACGUCGUCUCCGUUCUUCAAGCCGGAGCAUUCUUCGGAGCUUUGGGCAGCGCGCCUAUCUCAGCGCGCAUCGGGAGGAAAUACUCCCUCCUGGGCUGGUCGAUUCUCUUUGCCGUCGGCGCCGUUCUCCAGACUGUCGCGGGUGGCUCGCGCGGGAUCGGAUACAUCUAUGCUGGUCGUGUCAUCGCCGGUGUUGGUAUUGGUGCGAUCUCUGCUGUCGCGCCUGCGUUCGUGUCGGAGUGUUCGCCAAAGGAAGUCCGUGGGCGUAUCACUGGCCUGUUCCAGAUCAUGGUCGCCGUCGGUGUUAUGCUCUCAUACUUCAUCAACUUGGGCGUCAGUCUACACAUCCACAGCGGCGCAAGCGUGUGGCGUAUCCCCUUCGGCUUCCAGCUCGUCCCCGCGGGCAUCAUGUCUCUCGGCCUCCUGACUGUCAAGGAGUCUCCUCGUUGGCUCGCGUCGGUAGGUCGUGGUGACGAGGCUAUCCGUAACCUCGCCUACCUGCGCAAAAGGCACCACGAAGACGAUGAUGUACGCAACGAGAUGGCUGAGAUCGAGGCUGCAAUCGAGGAGGAGCGCGCUGCGCGAAAUGGCCUUGGGCUCCGCGAAGCGUUCUUUGGCAAGGGUAACUUCAUCCGGUUCGUCAUCGCCGUCGUCAUCUUCAUCCUCCAGCAAUGGUCGGGCCAGAACUCGGUCAACUACUACGCGCCCCAGAUCUUCCAGUCGAUCGGCUAUAAGGGCACCUCCAACUCGCUCCUCGCGUCGGGUAUCUACGGUAUCGUCAAGGUUGUGGCUACCGCACUCUUCGUGUUCUUCCUCGUCGAGACCCUGGGGCGUAAGCUGUCGCUGUUGAUUUCUGCGCUCGGCAUGGGCACGCUCUUCUUCAUCAUCGGCGCGCUCCUCAAGACGCACCCCCCGCCCGCACAGGCGAUUGACCCCCCUCCGGCAAGCAAGGCGAUGGCUGCGAUGCUCUACAUCUACGUCUGCUUCUACUCGAUGGGCUGGGGCCCGCUUCCCUGGGUGUACGUCUCGGACAUCUUCCCCACGCGAACGCGUCACUACGGUCUCGCCACCGCCUCCGCGUCGCAGUGGCUCUUCAACUUCGUGCUCUCGAAGGUGACGCCAAUGCUCGUCACCGACCUUGGGUACAAGAUCUUCCUCAUGUUCGGAACGAUCAACAUCGCCGGCAUGGGCACCUUCGCGCUCCUCAUCCCGGAGACCAAGGGCCGCAGUCUGGAGGAGAUGGACAUCAUCUUCGGCACCGUCACUGCGGAGCAGCGCCAGAAGGACAUCGAGCGCCAGGAACGAGUGCUCGACCAUGACAAGAACGAGACGACGUCGGAGCGGUCGAUGGAGAACAAGGCCUGA